GUCCGUUUCAGCAUCAUUUAAUACUAACAACAACAUCCCUAAGCAUUUUCUACCCUAUAAUUUUACGAGGAUCUGCGCUUUCUAGGGAUCCGGUUCUUUCAAUUGCGAUAUAUACUUAUUUGAAUACUAUCAAUCAGUUCUUUGGUUCCUAGUCUAUUCUUUCUUUUCUAAACUGCCAAUUCACUUUUAUUCUUUCUUAAUCCUUCUUUUUUCCUUUUUUCUUUGUCUUCAAAGCUUUUUUGUGUAAACCCAUUUUUGAACAGUAGUUUUCACAAUGGCAAGGAUACUAACAAUUGUUAUGUUGGUCUUCGUGUCCAUGGCCGGAUGGAUGUUCGGUGCCGACACAGGUUCCAUCGGUGGUAUCACAAAUAUGCGCGACUUCCAAUCACGAUAUGCCGACAAAUAUGACAAGGAUACACAUACUUACUCCUAUAGUUCUGCACGUCAAGGUCUCUUGACCGGUAUGGUCAACAUUGGAUCCAUGACCGGCUGCAUUCUCUCUUCCCCAUUUGCCGAUCGUCUCGGUAAACGUAACUCUAUUCUCUUUUUCACCUGUGUCUACCUCAUAGGUAUCAUUGUUCAACUCACCACGGUCCCUUCUUGGGUCCAAUUCAUGGUCGCAAAAAUGUGGACUGGUCUUGGUAUUGGUGCUUUGUCAGUACUAGCUCCUGGUUACCAAUCUGAGGUUGCACCUGCUGCGAUGCGUGGUGCCAUUGUCACUACUUACCAACUUUUCAUCACCGCCGGUAUUUUCAUUGCUGCUUGCAUCAACAUGGGCACUCACAGACUCGCGAAGAGCGCUUCUUGGCGUGUUCCCAUCGGUAUUAACCUACUUUGGGGUCUUAUUACUUUAGUUGGCAUUCUUUUCCUACCCGAAUCCCCUCGUUACUUGAUUUCUGUCGGCAGAGAUGAAGAAGCUUUGAGUAUUAUGUGCAAAAAUAACGACCUUCCUCUUGAACACGAAGUUAUUCAAACAGAGUACCAUAUGAUUAAGUCGGACUGCGACGCUGAAUUGGCUGGCGGCCCUGCUAAGUGGCCAGAGAUUUUCAACAAAAAUAUUCGCUACCGUACUUUCCUUGGUAUCGGUGUCAUGUCUCUUCAGCAACUUACUGGUAACAACUAUUACUUCUACUAUGGUACUCAAGUGUUUCGCGGAACUGGUAUGACUUCUCCUUACCUGUCAGCGUUGAUUCUUGACGCUGUCAACUUUUGCUGCACCUUUGGAGCUCUUUAUGUUAUGGAACACUUUGGUCGCCGUAUGCCUUUAAUAAUUGGUGCACUCUGGCAAUCACUUUGCUUCUUCAUCUAUGCCGCUGUUGGAGAUCGUUGCUUGUAUCAUUCUGAUGGGUCUUCUAACCACCGGGCUGGUGCUGUUAUGAUUGUCUUUUCUUGCUUCUUUAUUUUUGCGUUCUCUCAAACCUGGGCCCCCGGUGCAUAUGUUAUCGUUGGUGAGUCUUACCCUAUUCGUUAUCGUUCCAAGUGUGCUGCUGUAGCAACUACUGGUAAUUGGUUUUGGGGAUUCUUGAUUUCUUUCUUCACUCCCUUCAUCACUAAUACUAUUGGUUUUAAGUAUGGCUACGUCUUUGCUGCUUGUAACUUGUGUGGUGCUAUUGUCAUCUUUGCCUUUGCUCACGAAACCAAAGGUCUUACCCUCGAAGAGAUCAACCUCCUUUAUAUUUCUGGUCGUAAGCCCUGGAUGCCCCGUCCCAAGAGUCUUGACAAUUACUCUGGUCCCCACAAGGAUGCUUUGGAGAGAGGCAAGCAUGAUGAAAUCGACCACAUUGAGAACUUUACUUCUGACAGUAUGGAAAAUACUUCAUCUUCUCAUUCGAAACCCAAGGCGAAGUUUUUUGACCAUAUUCAGGCAGUUUAAAGUAGCAAAACAUUCCAAGAGUCUUCAUGGCACUCAUGUUUGGUGCUUAUUCAAUUCUCUUUAGACAUGCAUGCCGAGUUUUUUAUUCAAGCCACCUUAUUUGUUCUUUCACCCUUAAAGCCCACAGUCAUUCUUUAUUGAAUGGUUUCAAAUUUUGUGUUUCUCUACAAUUUUAUGAGUUAUGACAUUCUAAUAAUCGUAUGGAUGGAUCUUUGUUUCAUUCAAAACCUACCUAAAUAUGCAUCGACGUUGGCAUUACCUUUCAUUAUGAAAAAUAGACUAUGACUCAAAAGGAAUCGAUGGAAAAACCCUUGAUAUUACCAAACAUAUCUUGCAAGAAUUAUAGAAUGAACUUAACUAAUUAGAAGUUGAUGAACGAAGUCAAUUAAUGCUCGUUUAUAAACAAUUCCCAUAAUGGACAGGAAAGAACCUCAUGCUUAAUUCUUCUUACCUCUUUAAGCACCUUAUGUUUAUUUAUUAACGGACCUCUUUUGCAUCAUGAUUUGUUGAUUGAGUUUCAACAAAACAAUAGCAAAUUGAGUCAAUGACAUUUCCAACAACGAAUAUUAUUAAUGAGUCAUGCGAAUUGUAUCUAGUAGACUGUAGUGACAAAGAUAGCAAACUGAAGCC